AUGCUGAUGUGUACAAAAUUAGUUGCCUUGGCUUGCAAGCUAUCUUCAACAAUGGACUAUGCUCAAACCCUAUUUGAUAGGCAUGUUGAUCUCCAUGGAAGAGCAUGCCAUUUGACCGAGGCUUACAGGUUCAUUGAGAUGAUGCCAGUGCAGGAAGAUGCAAGUGUUUGGAGAGCAUUGCUUGGUUCUUGCAGAACUUACGACCAUUUUGAACUAGCUGAGCUCGUUGCAGAGAAGUGGUUUAAGUUGGAUCCUCAAGAUGUAACUUCAUAUGUCAUGAUGAGGGAAAGGGAAUUGAAAAAGCUUCCUGGUCAGAGUGUUGUCGAGGCAAAUUGUCGACUUCAUAGGUUUCUAGUAGAUUCAAAACCUCGACCUUUUUGGCCUAUUGUGUGA